CUCGCGGACUCUCUUCUCCUCACACCCUCCUUCAAACCCCCAAAACCCCUACCUUUCAAAACCCUAGAAAAAAAAUCCCGACCGUCCGUUCCCCAGAAAUCCCUCUCCAUCCAAUCUCACCGUAGAUCUAGGGCCCCCAUCACAUCCCGGGCCAUGAUCUCUCUUCCAUAGACCUAGGGUUUUGUUUCUCUUUAUCCCUUCGGCAAUUGCAAUGUCUUCAGAUUCCAAUUGGUGCUAUCCGAUUUGAAAUCUUUAAGGGCCCGCGUUUUUUUACCAAUUUCUUUAGUUAUUCGUCUUCAUUAUCGAUCUCAUCCGUCCGAUCUACCGUCCGGCUUUCGAUUCAGAGCGAGAGAUGGGGGAAAACAAUAGCAACGUUGAUGUGAAGGUUCAAGAGGGCCAUGGCAACGCUGGGAGCGGCGAUCACGUCCACAUGUUGGCGGCUGCAGCCGCCAUGAGCCUCCCUGGCCAGAUCGAUGAUCAGGCAGGCAGUGGAAGUAAUCCACAGCCAAUCCAGGUCGUGGGCUUGCAGCCGGUCCAAGUGCAUUACAUGCAGGAACAUGGCGACGGUGAUCAUGAUGGCGGCGAUGGCAGCGAGGGCAUGGAAACGGAAGCCCCCCCUGAGCAGCAGCAGCAACACCAGCAUGGAGCCAUGAUAUCGAGGACUGCUAGCCAGCUGACACUCUCAUUUCAGGGCGAGGUCUACGUGUUCGACUCUGUUUCUGCUGAGAAGGUUCAAGCAGUGCUCUUAUUAUUGGGUGGCCGUGAAGUAUCUGCUCCCAUGGUUACUAUCACCCAUCAAAACAAUAAGGGUAUGAACAUGCCCCAGAGAGCUGCUUCACUGAUGAGGUUCCGCGAGAAGCGAAAAGAGCGGAAUUUUGGAAGGAAAGUUCGUUACAAUGUUCGUAAAGAGGUAGCCCUUAGGAUGCAUCGAUACAAGGGUCAAUUCGCAUCAAAGGCAACUAUAGAAGAAGCUGAAAGAGCCGCUGCCGUCGCCGCUGCAACAGCAGCUUCUGGAUCAAGUUGGGGUUCUGCUCCACGUACUGAUACACCGCCGCGAAAAGCACCUGCAUGUCAUCACUGUGGCAUUAGCCAGAAGUCGACUCCAAUGAUGCGCCGUGGACCCGAUGGACCAAGAACUUUAUGUAACGCAUGUGGGCUAAUGUGGUCAAACAAGGGGACACUGAGGGACCUGACAAGGAGCCUACCGGCACUGACGCAGCAUCCUACAGCAAACCUUAAUGAGGCGUUUGAAGAUGUCGAGGGCGACAUGCAUCAUGGUGACAUGGGAAGUGCAAAUGGCCACAGGGCUUCUUGACUGGUUUCGUGCUCUCUACACAGCUGUUUGCGGGUGUCUGUGGAAGAAUGGGGAGUGAAUGGAGAAGAGUUCUGUUAGUCUCUCCAAAUCUCAUCACCAUAUAUAUGUAACUCUUGUGAUUCCUGACAUUAUUCAAUAGCAGUCUUAACAACCCUUGCUCAUAACUAUCCGUAGCUGCGGCCCGCUCGAUCGGCGCUUGGAACAUGAUUUUAGGCCUGACAUGAUUAGAAGGAUUUUUAUCUCGUAGGGACCUUUUGUUAUUGUAUCUGUGAUUGGUGUCUUGUGGGAUAAAUAUUUCGUUUGUGCUUGUACUCUGAUUGCUGUAGAUGGAAAUAUGCUCAGGCGGGUUUGAUCC